AUGCACAAAACCUCUUUCGUUAGGCGGGGAUAUAACACGCCCGCUACCAACACUCUACCCUCUCGUGGGAAUCAUUCGCCCAGCUACAACAAUAAUGCUUUCGAGCUUGUGACCGCAAGCACGGCAACGGGUGGCAUACAUCCAGCAGUGCAUCCCGCUCCCAUCACCACUCCCGAGUCCACGCGAAAGCCUGUCGCUGCUCCCGACAAGCCUGCAGGUCAAUGUGGCAAGAAAGGCCAUCUCGGGGAGACAUGCUGGCGGACACACCCUGAACUCCGUCAAGCUCGCAAAGAAGAAGUUGCCGAGAAGCAAAGUAUCAGAAAUGCCACCGCACACAUCUCGGUCAAAGCUUCCUGGAGAUUGAGACCUUCGGAAGUACCGUUGUCGUGCAAGAAGAUCUAUUGCGUUCUGAAACGAGUCAAGCCUGGCUUCUACUACGAGUACUACGGACCGGACGGAGCCGAAGCGCAGGUAAGAGGUGUUCAGGACAGUCUCCACAAAUCUCUCCCCCAAGGCACUGGUAAGAAGAUUACUAGAGACAGGGUCGGUGAGUAUGUUACUGCCGCGGUGAAGUACAUGAAUCAUGAUUCUACUGCCUGCGACUACGGAUGUGGCGGGCAGUGCGCAGUUGCACGACCCGAAGUGCCAGCAGAUUCGACAACUCGGUCUGCUGAUGCUACACCUGCUGCCGUCGCAGGCAUCAAAGUGACCAACCGAUCGCGCAACUGUACUCGGAAUCAUCUCAUUUGCAGAGAUUGUGGCCACCGUCCUCCCAUGGAGAAGGGUAGAGUCUGUCAGGAAUGCUUCGACUCCGAUGAAACCUCGACUCGUCUGACUUCAGCAGUGACGCAGUACAGUCUGUCCGAGGAGCAAUACGAAGUGCUGAAGCUUGCUGCUCAAGGUCGAAACGUCUUCUUCACUGGCGCUGCUGGCACAGGAAAAUCUCGGGUGCUUGAGGCCAUCGUGCGCUAUCUUAACAAGAGCGGACUGUCGCCUCAAGUUGUCGCUCCUACUGGCAUGGCAGCAUUGCAAGUGUACGGAUCAACCAUACACACUUUUGCAGGCUGGACCGUGAAACUGGCCAAGGGCUCACCAGAGGAGCUCAGCAAGGCCGCGAAGAUGCCCAAAAACUAUCGACGCUUCUACCGAAUUGAUGUUUUGAUCAUCGAUGAGAUCAGUAUGGUGGAGAAUGACAUGCUCAGUCGGCUCUCAUACGUUCUGCAGGAAGCUUUGCAGCGGGCACAGCCAGACCGCCCUCCUUUCGGAGACAUGCAGGUCAUCAUCACCGGAGACUUUUACCAACUGCCGCCCGUUCUGCCAUUCGAGACCUGUUUGAAAUGCGGCGAACAACUUGAAGGAUGGAAGAGCCAAAAGGAAGACGUCUACCGGUGUAAGCACCAUGGCGAGUUCCGAGAUGAAGACAAGUACGCGUUCGCAAGUCCUGUCUGGCAAGCUUGCAACUUUGCCAACGUCGAGCUGCUUCAGGUGCAUCGUCAAUCGGAUGUGUAUUUCACCAGGCUGCUUCACAAGAUGCGGAAAGGAAUUGAUUGGACGUCGGACCAGGAGAAGGAAUUGUUGAACCACGAGAACGAUGUUGUCUUUGACGAAGCUGUCAAGCUGUGCCCGCUGAGGCGAGAAGCAGAAGCUAUCAACGACGCACACAUGGAAGCGCUGAACACGCCUUCCCAUACUUACAGCAGCGUGGAUGACUUGACCUGGGUCAGACAACAUCCAGAAUUCUUGGACGCACGACGACCCGAUGGCAUGACAACGGCUCCGCUGCAUGCGCUCUUCCGACACCGCUAUCAAGACAGUCUAGAGCUCAAAGAAGGAAUGCUCGUGAUUUUGACCCGAAACAUUAGCACCAAGGAGAAGUUGGUCAACGGCAGUACCGGCAAGAUCAUCGGCUUCACAGAUAUGAAUGACGAGACCAUGCCUCGUGCCAAGAAGAACAACAAGGAUGAAACCAGGAACGGCGAAGAGCUCAUCACUGGUGUACAUCGUCGCUAUGCCGAAGACAAGAUCCGAUACUUCAAAGAUCAAGCUGAAGACAAGCUUUGGCCGAUUGUGCGGUUCAAAGACGGACGAGAGAUACCAAUAUACGCCGACUGCUGCGUCACUGAGCUCGGAAGAGAUGAACCAUACAGUCUGCUGUCGCGCACACAGAUUCCGCUUAUCGCUGGCUGGGCGCUUUCUAUCCACAAGUCACAAGGCAUGACACUGGACAAUGUGGUCACGAGCUUGGACAAGUGCUUCGCGCCAGGUCAGGCAUACGUGGCCAUGUCGAGAGCUAGAUCGUUGCGGAAUAUGCUGAUACAGUCUUUGCCGCCGAAGUCGAUGCUGCUGCCAGAUCAGACUGUGCAUGACUUCAUGGAGAGGACUUUCGGCGGUAUCAAGCUCGAAGAGCUUGUGGGUGGUGAAGAGGAUGACCGGAUGCAGGACGUGAAGGCGGAGAGUGAUGCGGAAGAAUUCCACGACGCGAUGGACUAUGUCGAGGUUAUACCGCCGGACAUGCUGUCUGAUCGCGAAGGUGAUGAUGACAGUGACGAUUUUGGUGAGCUCGACGAGGAGUAUGUUGAGUUGCUGGACCUUUAG